ACCUUCAACGGUCGUUGAAAAGCGCGUUCAACCGAGCGUUGAGCAACGUUGGGAGCGUUGGGCAACAUCGGGAGCGUUUGAACUGGCAAGAGGAAGAUUCUCCCGGUUACGUGGCCGGCGUAGACGACUAUACAGGCACUUGCGGUCCAAUUGUGGUUUUGGCGUCCUCUCCUCUUCAUGACUGUUAUCAGUAUAUGCUACUUUUCUCAGUGCAUCUUGGCUGACUCUCCGGCUGGCUAAAAGACCAAGUUUUCAAACAGUCUACCAGAGCAGGUCUUCGUCCCUUACACUACGGAACGCUGGGACAGCACAAUGCCGAAGAUAUCGCGGCGACUCCGAAAACGAGAAUUGUCUGGUGGAAAAUGCGCCAAGAGGAUGUCGCGGCCUGGCCAGGACAUGACUGUCCAUCAGACAUCUCCGCUCGCCCGCGUGCGUUCACGACCGGAAACCACAAGAAUGCUCAGAGGUUUCGUCCGUUCCCUGCAAGAAAAACCCGUGUCCGAAGGACUCUACGCAUUAUAUUCUCUCCUCGGGAUACCAGAGGGCCGGGUUCCGUUUCCGGCACAGCAUAGGAUUCUUCACUCAAUCCAGCGGCAUCUCGAGUAUCAUGCAUUUUGGUAUGUCGAGCGGUAUUUCCUCUCGGAAUCGGUACAAAAUGGGUGGACAUGCCCUGAGGCUUUGGAAUUGCACAAGCUGUUUCAAUUUCUCAAUCGACACCGACGCGCACCGCAAGCGGAAUCUUCAGGUCCAGCUGUCAGCGAUAUCCAAGGCUGGCGAGAUUCGAUCUCGGCUAUUCGCCACGCGGCGGUCCAUCGUCUCGCCCAAGAUCGACAAUCGCUUCUGCGGAUGACUCGAGCAGCCAUCGGUUUUGUUCAAUGUAUGAGUAGUUCCUCUCAUACCAAAAGUCUCCGGCGUCUCAGGAAAUACCUGCGAGUCGCGCUUCCAAGGCCAUCUCGACGGUCUGUCGUUCCACGGCGGCAGGCAAGGUUCCAGUCGUGCAGAGUAGAGAAUGGGCUCGGUCAUUCGUCGCACCCUUCCAUCACAUUGCCAGAACCCCUCCAAGGAAUUCUUCACCUUGUAGAGAACGACUUCUCCCACGAGGUACGACAAUUUUUAGAGAAAGAGUUUGAAUGAGAAGCGGCAACAAAUCAUGGUAUGGCCGAGCUCUGGGUCGUUGAGCUCUGCUGUUCAGUCGGACCCGGGCAGUUAUUGCUGUCAUAUCAUCACAGACAGGUCCAUGUAUGCCUUGAGAGAAAUUAAUAUAAAAUCACGAGGUUGUGGCUGCAGUUGGUACUUUAAUGUCCAAGACCGGCGUACUCGUUGCACUUGGAAACUCAAGUACGCAGCCAAGAAGUACGAAGUAGCUUAAAGAAAUACGAGUGCCACUCUGAGUCCGAUUGCCAUGGCCUAUGCUCACUACAUUACUGUUAAAAAGACGCCGAAUGCAAUUUAAUGGAGAAUCAAUGCUCUCUGUGCCAUUGAAGGCUCUGCAUCCAAUCGGGGGCCCGCAUAAGACGAUGCGUCAUACAUAUUUUGGAAUAAUCCCCCUGAAUAGCAGGAUGAUACUACAG